AUGUUCGGCGACGAGGACUCGGACGACUCUGGCGACGAGCAGAUCCCCCGCACCACGACCGCCACUACGGCGGACGCCUCGGGGCUCUUCGGCUCGGACUCGGAGAGCGACGACGAGGAGCAGAAGCCCGUGAAGCGCGAGGCGUCGCCGCCCCCCAAGCGUGUCAAAAAGUCCCGGGACGACGAUGCCGGCCGCCCCAAGCGCCGCGACGACGGAGACGAGUACGACUCGGGCGAGGAGGCUGUGGCCACCAAGGAGGACGACGACUUCAUCGACGGGGACGACGACCUGGCCGACGUGCUGGGCGAGUACGACGACGACCGCCAGCAGUUCGACGACGAGCGGCCGCUCGGGGACGAGCCCGAGCAGACGCAGCAGCAGAAGGACGACUUCUUCGACCGGACCCUCAAGUCCCUCAAGACGGGCCGUUCCCGCACCAAGCUCAGUCUGUCGCCGCAGGAGAUGGAGCAGAUCACGCAGGAGGUGCUCUACCGCAUGGAUAAGGCCUACGCGGACGACCUGGCCAGCAUCGCCGAGCGCCGCCCGGCCCUGGAGAAGAUCAAGUUCGUGGACAGCGCUCUGCAUGUGCUGCGCAAGCUGCAGUUCCAGCCCAUGCUGCUGGACUUCGACCUGCUCACGAUCGUGAAGAAGUGGAUUCAGCCGCUGGAGGACGGCUCGCUGCCGAAUGUCGGCCUGCGUACCAAGAUGCUCGAGAUGGUCAGCAAGAUGCCAGUGUUCAAGGAGCACUUGAAGCGUAGUGGUCUUGGCAAGGUAGUGAUGCUCUUGAUGAAGCACCCGCAAGAGACCCCAGAAAACAAGGAGCUUUGCCGCAGUCUGGUGGAGCGUUGGAGCCGUGCAGUUUUCAACAAGACGCUGGACUUCUCCAAGCUGGCCGAGCUGGAGGCUGAAAAGGCCGAGAACGAGAUGUACCGCCGUCGCGAGCGCGCGCGAAAGCAUAAGAAGGCCAAGAACAAAGCACACGCCGGCGAUCGUGGUGCCAACGUUUUCAACGGUCGCAGUGGUGGCAAUAACGACGUGAAGGCCGAUCCGUCAGAGCGCGCUGAGCUGCCCGAGCAACUGCACAUUGACUUUUUGCUCCGUCCUCAGUCCAAGGUGGACAUGAAUUCGGUGCAGUCCAAGAAGGCAGACCCUGAUUCACGUAAGGCCCGUCUGGCCAAGCGCAUGCAGGAGAUUGCUAGGCCCGGCAGGAAGAGCAAGCGGGCCAUGGGCGUCAGCAUUGAGGGAAGAUAA